GUUUUUGUUGUGAAAUUUGAUUAGGUGGUUUUGCUUGGUUGAUUAAAGUUUGAUUCUUGUGAUAUCAUAUGCACAUUGGAUCUCUGAAUUGAUAUUGCCAAGAACUUACUGUUUCCAAUGCUUUCAUUGCCAGGAGAUUACUUCAAUUUCAUUUGCUUGAUAAGCUUUGUGUUUGUGUGUACGUGUACGUGUACCUGUGUGCGUAUGCGCAUACAUGUACGUGUGUGUUUGUGUGUAUGUUUCAUAUACAUAUUGAAAGUUCCAAUGUGAAAUGAUUAAGAAGUGAACGUUUGGAGUUUUCUUACUUACUUGUUUUGCUGUCAUUUUCAUUCCAUGCAAUCGAAUCCGCUUUUUCAAUGUCAUCGUGGUCUGGAAUCUAAUGGUUUCGUGAUUGUUGUUGUUUUUAAUGUGAAUGGUACACGGAACACAAAGUAGUAUGUGGUCGGUACGAAUGCGGUGUUGUUGGGUUUUUAUCAGUAUUUAUGUUUUUAGACUAUAUUCAAAGAACAUCGGUGGGACUUUCGUAUUGUAUUUUUAUCAUUGUUGUUUGCUUUGAUCGGUAAUUUGAGCUUUCUUUCUUAGCUCUUUUAAAAUGUAAGCUAAUGUCUAGUUAUAAUUAUAUUAUGUAAUACACACACAUUGGAUCAAUAGAAAAUAUGUUUUACUAUCAGAUUUCCCAACAAUAUUUGGUUUCAUAAUAGGUCUAUGAUCAUGGGUUCAAAUUCAGUUGUGGAUAUGAUAGAGGCCUCCUCAGGGGUUCAUUUUUCUGGAUUUCAUAUGGAUGGUUUAGAGCAAAGACAGAAGGUGGAGCAACCAACAACCUCAGCACAUGAAAACAUGCAUAAGCAGCCUUUUGUUAUUGGGGUUGCUGGCGGGGCAGCUUCUGGUAAGACGACAGUUUGUGAUAUGAUUAUACAGCAGCUUCAUGAUCAGCGGGUUGUUCUUGUUAACCAGGAUUCCUUUUAUCAUAAUCUGACUGAGGAGGAACUUAAACGAGUACAUGAAUACAACUUUGACCAUCCUGAUGCAUUCGACACUGAGAAACUAUUAUCUUCGAUGGAUAAGUUGAAGCAUGGACAAGCAGUAGAUAUUCCAAAUUAUGAUUUCAAAAGUUACAAAAAUAGCGUGUUUCCAGCUAGAAGGGUAAACCCUUCAGAUGUCAUUAUUUUGGAAGGCAUUCUUGUUUUCCAUGAUCCACGUGUUCGAGAGUUGAUGAAUAUGAAGAUAUUUGUUGAUACAGAUGCUGAUGUUCGGUUGGCUAGGAGGAUAAGGCGUGAUACAGUUGAAAAGGGAAGGGAUAUUGGUACUGUUCUUGAUCAGUACUCAAAUUUUGUUAAGCCUGCUUUUGAUGACUUUAUUCUUCCAACGAAGAAGUAUGCUGAUAUCAUAAUUCCUCGUGGUGGAGAUAAUCACAUAGCUGUUGAUUUGAUUGUACAACAUAUUCGUACUAAGCUUGGUCAACAUGACCUUUGUAAAAUUUAUCCAAACUUAUAUGUCAUUCACUCAACCUUUCAGAUACGGGGCAUGCAUACCCUCAUACGCGAUGCUCAAACAACAAAGCAUGAUUUUGUUUUCUAUUCUGACAGGUUGAUUCGUUUGGUUGUUGAACAUGGCCUGGGACAUCUACCAUUUACUGAAAAGCAGGUGAUCACUCCAACUGGGUCUGUGUAUAUUGGUGUGGAUUUUUGUAAGAGGUUAUGUGGCGUAUCUAUCAUUAGGAGUGGUGAGAGCAUGGAGAAUGCUUUGCGAGCAUGUUGUAAAGGUAUCAAGAUUGGAAAGAUUCUUAUUCAUAGAGAAGGGGAUAAUGGUCAGCAGCUGAUUUAUGAAAAACUACCCAACGACAUUUCAGAGAGGCAUGUAUUACUGUUGGAUCCUAUCCUGGGCACAGGGAAUUCGGCUGUUCAAGCUAUUUCUCUACUCUUAAAGAAGGGCGUACCAGAGUCCAACAUUAUAUUUCUGAAUCUCAUAUCUGCACCUCAAGGUGUGCAUAUGGUUUGCAAACGCUUCCCCAGAAUAAAGAUUGUGACAUCUGAGAUUGAAAGUGGUCUCAAUGAAGAUUUUCGUGUCGUACCCGGAAUGGGUGAGUUUGGGGACCGAUAUUUUGGAACUGAUGACGAUGAUCAACAAGUGGUAUCUCCUUCGGUGUAAUUCCCAUAAAAACUGCUAGUUGGUCCAACCCUUAUCAAUUUGGAGUUAUUUUCAGCAAUGAUGGAAAGUCAGCUCAACUUGGCUUGACUAGUGUUGUGCUGGGUUCUACAUUUCAGUGUUGAAAAAAUUUUGACUUUAUCAAAUCUAGAACAAUCAUCCUUCGAAUCUUUCAUAUUUUUCUUUUCAAUUAUUUGGCAUAUAGGGUUUUACUUCUUUCUCAAAUGAUGUUUCUUGCAUUUCGAUGAUACCGUAUAAAGGGUUGGACGGCGAGUUGUCAUAGCAGGCAGUGAGUGUCUGUGACUAGAUAGUCUCUUUGAAACUUGCUUUGCAUUUGCAUUUGCAUGGCUUAGAGGGAAGCAAUUUACUGGCAAAUGAAUUGCCUCUCCAUGAUAUGUAUUAUGAACCAGGACAUUUAUUCUCAUUAUGAUAAUAUUUUUUAUUUCACAA